UAAAUCUCCAAAAAAGAGUCAUUUUAUCAUCCACCACAAAUAACGCCAUAACCCUUCCAUGCCGUAACACCAACGCUGCCCUCGCCCACUAACUCCCUCACACAGAUCGACCCCCCUGUCACACAGAUCUACACCAUGCAGUCCGAAAUUGCACCAUCUGACCCCUCGCACCCCCAACCCAGCACCUCGCGACCACCACACACGACCCCCAACCCCGCCUCCAAGACCUCCUCCUCCUCUACCACCAGGGCCAAUAUAAACUCAAUCCUCGAGACCGGCCGCCGCCGCAGCGAAGCCCUCGGCCUCGAAUCCACCUCGCGGCUCACAGACGACGACGUCCAACGCCUUGCACAGCACGAAGGCAUAGCUACAGACACCCCAAUGGACGGCAGCAGCAGCACCGACGAGCACACGCCUGACGAGCGCAGGCCAAUCGUGGCUCAUGGGCGCGCUGCAAGAGCGAAUGGCGAUGGCGAGUAUGGGGCUACGACGGAGCGAACAAAUAAAGUACGCAGCAGGAAUAGUCAGCUUAGCCUGACGACGAGGACGCAGAGCAGGACAGGUAGUCAGAGCCAGAGCCGUCGGCGGCGAGGGUCGGCGGUUCAAACUUCGGCAAUCGAGCAACAGACGAAUGGGGAGGAGAGGGAGGAGCCGUGGUGGAAGAAACAGCUUGGGAAGUAUGGGAGCCUGGAACUAGAGAAUAAAGGAAGCGUGGCGAGGGAUCAUCUUGCUUUAGAACGCACUUUCCUCGCAUGGCUACGAACUUCCCUCGCAUUCGCAUCGAUUGGCAUAGCAAUCACACAACUCUUCCGCCUCAACACGACUAUUUCGGCCCCCGCAGGCACGACACCCGAGCCCAGUGCCUCGGCGAUACACUUCCGUGGCCUGGGUAAGCCGCUCGGUGCUGCCUUCCUAGGGAUCUCGAUAGUGGUCCUUCUUAUUGGAUUCCACCGAUACUUUGAGGCGCAACACUGGGUUACGAAAGGCAAGUUCCCGGCGAGUAGGGGAAGCAUUGCCCUUCUGGCUGCGGUAACAGGGGCCUUGAUGGUCACCAGCCUGGUGGUUGUUGUUGUAGUGGAGCCAAGAUCGAGGUAGGGGGGUGGGUGGAUGGAUGCGUGAGGGGCCAACAUUGAGAUACCAUUUUGCAUAUCACUCCGCAAAGUAGAAAGGGUGUGGCCUUUUGAUUAGCGUAACUACUUACAAGUACUUUAAUAUGUAUUAUGGGGGUUAUAACUGGAGGGAUCGGAGGGGAUAAUUGGAAAGAUUCUAGUAGAGAAAAGCGAAAUCAUAUCUUGGAUACUUGAUGGGUGAUUCUGAGCUGCAGUUACAUAACGUGAGUCGUGGCCUAAUGAACAUAGUGGCGUAAUGAACACAAUUAUCCUACA